AAAAUGGCAAUUUGUUAAAAAACCUGGUACAUUACAUCUCUCGUUGUUUUAAGAUUAAUGUUCUUUGUGCAUUUUCCAGAAGAAAGAAACAUACAUACUAAAACCUAGGCUAUAUUCCAAUAAAUUGGUCCCUCUACAACUCCCUCUUCUAGCUGUAAAUAAAAAAUAGGGCUACUUUCAUGACAAAUGGGUGGGUUCUAGGCUAGGUUGGUCUAAUUUUUGUCCGUCACAUCUUGCAACAAUUCUGUUAGCCCACAGCAGCACAACAGCAGUGUGCAUUGCCAUGAUGUAUGCUAAACAAUACAACAGGAUUUUUAGCCUGCGUGUACCAUGGAUGUAUAAUAAGACCUGGAUACAGCAUUCCAGGCGGAGCCCAGUUCAUUCCUUUGAGAGUUGUUCGGUGGCACAUGAAGCCAUCAUGGAGCCAAAAAUUACCAGGUUGAUCGGCACUGCUUCUGCACUGUGUGACCCAUAGAGCAGACACACUAGAGCCGGCUACUUCUGCUAACUUGAAUGGGGAUAAAAUGAUUUAAUCGUGCAGCCCUUCUAGACUUUACAAAUGGUAUCGGACCGAAUGGAUACAAUUCUGAUAAUGAAAUGAUUUAUUUCGCUGGGGUUGUGACCCUAAAAAAAUAAACUUCCAUAUCCACUGAUUUACAGAUGUCUCUUUUGCUAUGUAAGUCUAUGAGAAAAAUUCUUUUUGGGCCAAAGGGUAUCAUGUGAUGGGCCUGGAGUUGCAAUUCCACUGUUUGGCCGCUAUGUACAAUUUUCUUCAAAGCCCGGAGCACUUUCUGGGGGCUGGUGUGUACUUACUAUCCCUUGGCUAAUGACGUGAUGGUGAAGCAAAGUGGAGGUUUCAAAGUAGAGCUGGGUGAUUGGAUGAAUACAUUGGAUUGUUUUUGGCUGAUAUGACAGUAGUUGUUUUGGUAGUUGAAAAUUUUGCCUCCUCAAGCAAUUUGAAAUUAUGUCUAAAUUAAUAAAAAAUAUGGAAAAAUGAGGGGGAUGUCAUCUGAAUAAUUUAUAAAACCACUGCAUUUAUGUCAGAUCGUGUAGCUCUCUGUUUCCCUCUCAUCUGGAUGUAUUUGUUUUUUUCACUCCAUAUUUGCAUGUUCUGUCAAUGCGGCCUCUUUCCCUGGGUUUAAACAAAGCCGAUGCCUCGCUGUCGUUUGCAUUUAGCAGCCUGUUUUUCCACGGAUACUGCCUGGUCGCUGAAUAACUGAUGGCCACUCCACUGGUCAGGCGACAACAUUUGCAUAUCGGGCAGGUCGUCUCAGCCUUACCUUCCAUGUACUGUAACAUCACUGUAGUAAAUCGCAUGUAUGUAUGCAGUAGAGGGAACCAGAAAGAAGGUUCCUCUGUUGGUACUGGGGCGCUCUUUUUUAUUUAUUUGGAUAUUUAAGUGUUUUAUGAGGAGUUUAAUUUGAACCAUGACUUUGCAGCCCCGGAGUGUGAGUGGAGUGGAGAUGAGAAAAAGGCAGGCGGCGCACAUCGAGGCCACACCCCAGGCCCCUGGACAGCCCCGACCCAACACCUGCUGCCUCUGCUGGUGCGGCUGCUGCAAGUGUCUCUGGAAUGAAGACAGGAUGGAGAGGAGUGAACGACAGACCUGCACCAAGAUGGACAGUAUUGAAGCUGCAGAAGAACAACAGCCCAGUUUAGACGAGGCGCUGUUGUGGGCCCGGAGCUUUGAGAUGAUGCUGCGCUCGCGGGAGGGCCGGGAGGUCUUCCGGGAGUUCCUGCGCUCUGAGUACAGCGAGGACAACCUGCUUUUCUGGAUGGCCUGUGAAGAGCUGAAAAAGGAGACUGACCCCUUAGUGGUGGAGGAGAAGUCCAGGAUCAUAUACGAAGACUACGUGUCCAUAUUAUCACCCAAAGAGGUGAGUCUGGACUCGCGGGUCAGAGAAGGAAUAAACCAGAACCUGGCGGAGCCCAGCAACCUGAUGUACGAGGAGGCCCAGUUCCAGAUCUACAACCUGAUGCAUCGCGACUCCUUCCCCCGUUUCCUCAACUCCUCCGUUUACAGAGACUUCCUGGCCAACAGGAGGCUCACCUGCCUCGACACCUAGACUCCACCACAGUCCCUCAUCGCCAUCGUACGCCAACGAGACUACUACUUAAACUUCAAAUACUACUAUGGUGCCAGAAGUCGGGUUUGGAAAAUCUCUCCAUCUUUUUUGAUUGAAAAGACUGAAUGACAUCCAAGAUAGCUGGUUGUUUUUUUAUUUAUAUUUUUUAAGCAAUUUAUAUCCAGUUCUCCACUGGAGCCAGGUCGGCCUUUGCUGGUUGGUUAUUGGUCAAUUUAAGACCAUUAAUGCUGGCCAGUGAUUGUUUUGCUAGCAAUUUGUGCUGUUUGUUAAGGUUGACUGGCCAACCCACUUGUCAGCUGAAGUCAGUUGAAAUGGCCAACCUGAUGUCCAGCUGCUGGUAACUGUGGACAAGGACUCUCAGGCGGUGGGGCCAGAAAGAGGAGAGCAGAAAGUGGACAAGCCAACUGUUCCUGUACUGUAAUAUUUAGACCUCAUGCUUUCUACCUUCACUUUAAUAUUCUCUCUCUCUCUCUUACUCAUUCGUUCAUGUUGUUUUGUUUUUCUAAUUCUGUCCCAUUCCGCAGAUGUGUAAAAUUGUGUUUUUAAUUUUAAUUUACUGUCCAAACAUGACACCUAGUUGUUGGUGGGAGUUGGGGCGUCUCUGCCCAUUUAACCAGUAGAAGCACUGGCUCUGCAUGUGACUCUCUCUCUUUACAGUAGCUUGACGAUGUAAGCCGCGGACUGCAACCGUUUUUGAAUAUUGAGAUGUAUUAAGACAGUGGACCUGUCUCUCUGUCUGGAUGUCUAUAUUCAGUGAAGGGAAAAAGGACACUUUGCCAAUUUAUAGCUUACUGCAGUUUUUUAUUGAGGAGACAUGAUGGCUUCUGCAGCAAAGGCAACAGCACAUACCCAUCCAUCCAUCCACCUGUCCAUCCAUCCAUCUGUCCGUCCAAGCACUUUCCUUCUUUGGGAUUGUUUAACUGGGAGAAGUAAGGGCUAGAAUUGUGGUUGGGCAGCUACAUGUAUUAUUAUUACUCAUGAACUUUAGACAAAAAAUCUCUCCACUGAGAAAUCACAAUGCCUUUACAUGUAAGAAAAAGGCAGCACAAGCGCUGCUGGAGUUUUUCUGGAAAGCAACCACAGUUUGUCCAACGAUCCCUACCUCCCAUAUUUUUUCCCUCCCCCUCCCUCCAACUCAGACCAUCACAGCCUGACAAGCACAGGUGCCCAAUGUGGGGGGAAAAAACACAGCUGGAUAAAAUACAAACAAACCUACGACAACUCUACAUUUUAAAAUUGUUGCGCAGAAAACAAGGGUUUACCUUUUUAGCGUUUUACCAUGAUUUGAGCAUUAUGGAAAACUGAUUCUACUUGGAGAACGUAGGGAGAUGCAGCAGGCACAGAUCUAAUGGCCUUUGUCUGUAAGGCUUUAGUUUUAGAUGCUGUAGGUAACAUGACAAGUCGCUGGAGUUGGACGUCCAGUAUCACGCUGCAGAUACGUGACACGGGUGCCAAACAUGAUGUCAAAGAUGCUGUGAAGAGAUAUCAGAUUUGACUUGUCACCAGGCUGUCGGCCAUUCUGGUGCAUGUCUGUUUCUCCAGCAGAUGGAGUUGGGAGAGCGUAUGGUAGUCCUUCAGUUAGCUACUGCCUAUUUAAGACACUAAUUUUUUACCAGAGCUAGUGAAGAGGGUUGGUAUAAUAAUGCUAACCUGCUACCGUACCAGGCUUGCGAAGAGAGUUUGUGUAGUCAUGCUACAAGCUAGCCUUCUCAACAAGGCUAAAUAGGUUUCAGCAUGCUGUAGGCAAGCAGUCAUCAUGCUUGUGCUAGCCAUGCUAAUCCCCCAUCCCACUGCCAGCACUAACAUACUCUGGUUUGUUUUUCUAAUCUGACUUUGACAGCAUGCAAUGAUAAUGGCUAUGUGUGUGUAUGGUACAAUUACACACUUAACAGAAACAUUUUGAUAACAAAAAAAACUGUAAGGGGGUCUUGCCAAAUGUCCCAUUAAUGUUUUUAGUAUAUAAAGCUUUUGUUUUUUGAUGAUGUGAACAUUUGAACUUUGGCCUGUGGAUGUGCAGUAGAAAGUGCAUGAGUGCAGUAUAUGCUAUUCUGUUUAAUUAACUGGGCCUCCAAGUCCAUUCAUUGUGUAACAUGAUGGAUAGCUGACCUUAAAGUGUCAAUGAAACAGUGCCACUCCUUACUGAUAAAUGUAGGCAUCCAUGUUGCCACCUCCUUUACAGUAACUACCUGAAGUUCACGUGCCAAGUUUGAUCUAGAUUAAAUUUAAGAGUAGACGGUGCAGGAUGUCUAGCAGACUAUUGAAGUGCAAUUGGAUGUUGUUAGUGAUUAUAGAAUGAAGCUGUGUACUAUUAUGUUAGGUUGGUUUUAAACCAGAAGUUGACAGAAGUUAGUAACCACGACACCUUUUAGAAUACUCAAAACAUUGUAAUGCCACUGUUGGAUUAAUCAAGAAACUGACUCUAGUUAGCAUUUGCAAGUUUUACUAGGUGACUAGAUAAGGCAACAGAUAAUUUUAUUGAUAAUAAUUUAAUUAAAUGCAGGUCCUCUGCUCGAGCCUAAAUGGAAAACGAGUCCAUGGAGUCAUGGUAUUUUGAGUUUUCCUCCAGACUUAUUUUCACUUACAGUGUUAAAAAUGCUAACUAGAUGUAGCUGUCACAUCAAAACCAAGCUAUCAUAUUACCACAAAAGCUUUCUGUAGUAAAAGUGUUGGUUAUAAAUUGAUAACACUGACACUGUAAAGUCAAGAAGAUUUUGAAUGUUUUUUGCAAUGUUCCUUCUUGAAAAUAUACUAUAUUUAACUUGCCAAUACAAUACUUACAUGCAGACUACAUUAAUACCCAUAACGACUUGAUUUGAUAUUGUUUAGCUGCUGUAUUGAAGAGCCGUGCAUGCAUGCGCAUAAGAAUAAUUAACCAAUUCUGAUACUGAAGGAUCAGUUGUCACACUUACUCCUUGAGCAGUUUUCAUUUCCAAGAAUCAUUUUAGACGUAUUUGGACAACUUUGUAAUUUUUUGACUGAGUAGAAGAAUGCCUGUCACUCAUAAAGCUCUCUUGCAAACAAGUCCCUCUUCUGCUCAGUACAGCUGUUUCCUUGUUGCUGAUUCUAUACAGUAAUUCAAAUGAGAAUGUUUCACCAAGAACCAGAUAAUGAAAUCAUGGUGCAAUUAAACCAAGUUUACAUUUAUAAAUUGUGAGAUGUGUGUACCUUAUUAAAUACUUGUAACCGUGGGGAGCUAACUAUCCCCAGUGUGAGCAGAGAAACCAGCCGGUCUCUGCCCAGUGCUAACCCUAUUAGCACUUUACAGGGUUUACAGGGAGGACAGACACAGCAGAAUCCCAGGUAACAGUGUUUUACAAGGAGGACAGACACAGCAGAAACCCACGUUUUCUGCUUACGUCCUUUCCUAUUAAUUUAUUGUGACUCUUACACAGUGGGGGAAAAGUACACAGUUGUUUAUUUUUAAUGACUGCAUUUCAAAUGUAGAUUUUACAAGCAAUGAUGAUGAUGUAAAGUGAUGUGUCAUCGCUGAGUUUAGAUUUUUUUUUGUGUUUAAAUUCCCAUGGGUUCCAAGUGAGUGGGUUUUUGAAAUGUGACGUGAAAAGGUUGAGAGCUGUGUCCAGAUCUGGUGGAGGAGGUUUGCGAAGCUUUGGCCUUACUGAUACGUUUUAUUUUUUUCCUUUGUAUAGAAAAACAACAACAAACGUCUCCGUAGGCUUUUCACUACCUCUCAUGUUGGUUAAUUUAUUUCACAUCUAGUUGUUAAUGUACAAGUUGUUUUUUAGAUCUACUUGAAGCCUAACACUGUAAACAAAAAUGUGCACAGAAAAAUGACUAUGUACAGUAUAUGACCAGAGGGGUUAAAGAGAGCUUGGCCUAGUCGACAUUAUUCUUUUUGUUUGUAUGUAUGUUUGUUUUUAAUUGUGUUGAGCUGAACUAGAUUUUGCAUCUCUAUAAAGAAUUCAGGAAUCUACUGUCUAAGGGCUAAUCCCAUUUUUGCCUAUGCAAAUCUGUUACUGUGGGUGAGUUGGGAAAGUGCGAACUACCGCACCUUUCACCUGUUUUAGAUGGACCAUGGUUUACAAUGCCCUUUGCUGAUAUUCUUCAAUCUAAGUCAGCAAAAAUGUACGCUUAUUUUUGUUUCUAUAUAAAUAUACUUAUAUAUCUAUAUAUAUCUAUCUAUCUAUCUAUAUAUAUAUAUAUAUAUAUAUAUAUAUAUAUAUAUAUAUAUAUAUAUAUAUAUAUAUAUAUAUAUAUAUAGCAAGUAAUAUACAGAGAAAAUAGUAUAUGCCUUUGUGAUGAUAAAAAAAAGAAACCUUGCUGAAAACAAAUAAAUGUGUUGUCUGACAUUAUGUGGCUGUUUGCUGGAGUCUUGGUAAGAUGAUAUAGACGACUGGAACUCAACUGACAGUUAAGCGACUGACUGUCAUUACUCAGACUACAACACUAGUAGCUGAACCAGUGCAGUGCCUAACUGAGGGGGAAAAGUUUAUGUAUUUAAGGAGAAACCACAUCAUGACUUUCUGUGACAAAUAUUGUUAUCCAGCCCUAGCCUGUGAGUGAAAUAAGGUAUUCGGGCCACCCAGGACUUGUCCUUGUCAUUUUUCACUGUACCAUUUGGUCAUUUUUAAAGCAAGACUAUGCAACUUUUGCUAAACAAAGGCCAUAAUUGCCACCGGUGACAGUUAAGGGAUAAGGGCAAAUGAUAUAACAUUGUGUAAAAGUAGCAGAAGUAGAGUCAAGUCAUAAAGUCAGCAAACUGACUCAGUAAUGUCAAUUAAAGGGGUGUGUAAGUUUGCUAGCAUUAACCACCACAAGCUAGUUGUUACACCAGACCAAAGUAAGGCUGCAACGCCAAAAUCUUUGAGUAUAUAAAAUUGAGCAAAAGUGUGUUUUACUGCUUAUUAAAUAACCUUUCUUUUGGAAGAGUCAGGCUGUGUUAUUUCAUCAUCAAGUUGCAUAGUCUCACUUUGAAGAACUGAGUUGGAGCAUGUGCACUGUCCAUAUGUAAGUCACAUUUUAUAACCAGUAAUCCAUUAAUAAAAUAAAAGAAUUCCACUUGCCAUGAAAUAAUUAACAUUUUAGCAUGAUUAUCUUUUUGUUUGUCAGUGGACACUGCACAGCUGUUAGUGUGAAUUUGUAAUCAAAUGUGUGCAGCACCAUGUCGUCAGCAAACAACAGGAGCUUAUUUUUCUAUUCUUCAACUUAUUGUUCUUUAUGUAGCCACAUCCAGUCAGACUAUCACUGUGCUAAUACAGUAGCGUUGAUGUGAAACACAUCAGCAGAAGUAGGCUUUCUGUUUUUUUUAACACUCCACCAAUGCAAGAUGUAAGAAAAGUCAAUAAUACAUUACUUACAAGACCAUUCACUCAGCGUUUGAGAGACACUUUUAGCUUUGAGUAAAGGGUUGAUUUGAGUUUUAAUAAUUUAUUUAUAACUCUUUGUACAGAAAAUGUUGCUCCUGAACCGAGAUAGAAAUGAGAAUAAGAGGGUUGAUGUUGUAUAGAUUUUUCAUCCACAAUUCCUUACAAUGCAUCCUGGCUAAAGAAAGACAGGUUUAUCGACUGAUGUUGGUUUGAAACUCAACCUGCUUUGUGUGUUCCCUCAGUUGAAUUUGGUGCCUCUUUAUGCUUCACAACAGACCUCAAGAUCUCUCUCUCUCUCUCUCUCUCUCUCUCUCUCUCUCUCUCUCUCUCUCUCUCUCUCUCCCACUCUCUGUAACAUUACAGAUACAACAGAGCAGAGAUGGUCCCAUUUUACAACAAAUAUAACACUGAUGUUUGUUCCUCCUACUGACACCCUCAUAUUGUCUGUUUUGUACCUCUUCCAGAGGUGUUUGUGCUACUUAAGGAAAGAGAUUAUAUUCGUGCAGGUACCUGGUUGAAGUUGGUUUUCAACAGUUUUAGGCAAUCACUUUUCUCUUUAUUGAUUUAGAUGCCUAAGCCUCUUGUUUUUUGUCAUGCCUUUGUAGAUAGAUCACAGUCGGCGAAAGAUGAUCCACAGGUGAAAAUAAAAAUAAUUUUACUGUCACUUUAUGCGAUUAAAAGAAGUGACAUUUUUUCUAUUUGCAUGCUUUUUGCUAAAUAAAUGAAAUAAUUCAGUUAUUUGCUAUAAACGAUACUGUAUGAGUAUGUAUUUAAGUACUGCAGUAUGCAGACAAUUAAAAAUAUCACAAACUCUUUUGAGAGGUUCAUAUCUUUCUUCUAGUAUGUUUCAUUAAUAAUAUUGACAGUUAUGGGUUCUUAAUUCUUGUUUCGAGUGUCUCAUGAAUUGCCAGAAUGAUUAAGUGACCCUCUUUGUAUUAACAAAUAUAGACUGGUUGAUUAUUUCCACAUGCAUGACUUGCAGAGUAAUUUUACCAGGACAAUGCUAGUGCAGGGGGCUUUUUAAUCAACACGUUUUGUCAGUUGAGCUCAACUUUUUUUCUAUUUGAACUUGAACUUGAACUUCUAUUUGCUUGACAAAGUUUGAUUAUGACUGAGAUCCUGUCUGUUUUAUUAUUAUUUACAUCAAGGCAGGUUAAAUCUUAUCAUUGUGCUCACUAAUGGUCAGCAAGGUAGUGUGGAGUGAAAUGUAUUAUUUAUUACCUUGCCACACAAAGCAAAUAUGACCUCAGUGUUUCAGAUUUAAAAUGUUGAGAUGAGAAAAUGAGAAACAGUGCAGCUUCAAACAGAAGCCAGAAAGCUCACAAGUUCAAUAGAUUGUGCAACUUCCUCAAACAUCUGUGUCCCUAACCUUCAGGGUUGUGAUCAAGGAUCUGAUUGGUUUUCAUCAUGACUGUUUUUUUAAAGUUUUUUUCAAAGGAAACUGAUCAUUGAUCCUUGAUCAGCAGUCGCUGUCUAAAGCACCCUGAGAUGCAGGAAUCCCUUAACUGUAGCAUUACAUAAAAAAGAUGUUCCUAUCUUAUUUGUCCAACCUUGAUAAAACAUCUAUCCUCUGUUGUAGAAUAUCACAGAAGGGGCUAGUCUCAUCCAGCCUUGUCUUCUAGGGAUGUGAAUCUGUACUUUAAGACAUCUGGCACAAAUUUAACUGAGCAUUAAGGAAUUUGUACAUUGUGAGAAACAUUUCAUUAUGUUGAUGUUGCCAAUUCUCUGCAUGAUAGUACACUACAGAUGUGACUGUAAUUUUCACCAAGGACAGUAGAAUCAAGACUAAAGAAAUAUUUACACCCAAGACUAGUUUAGAAAAUAUGGAUUUUUUUCUUUCUUAAGACUUAACUUGGUUAACAAAUUUUACAGUAGCUGUGUACAAUUGUAGAAUUGUAAAAUACAAGUUUCUUGCCAAGAGUUAGAUGAGAAGGUCAAUACCACUCUCUAUAUUGAUGUGCGCUAACUAUGAAACUACAGUCAGCAGACGGUUAGCUUAGUUUAGCUUAGCUAGGACUAGCUAGCUAAAUGGAUGAAACUGCUAUCCUGGCUCUUUCCACCUAUACAGAUCACUAAUUGUACCUCCUUUGUUUAAUGCGUACAAAAACAAAGUGUAAAAACAACAAUUACUUUUUUUAUGGGGGAUUUUGUGUCAGAUGCUUCCAUAAAGGCCCAAGAAAAAUGUUGCUAAGCUAACCGGCUGCUGUUCAUGUCUUCUAAUCUAACUCUGAAAGUAAAGUGAAUAAUUGUAUUUCCCAAAUGUCAAACUAUUCUUUAAAAAAAAAAAUGUAGCUAUAAGGUUGAAUUUGCCUGACACACUGGUCAAUGUAACUGUCCCAGGAAGUACAAUAAUACGGCUUUGCUGGAUAAAAUGUGCCAAAAUUAUAAUCUACCUUUUGUUUCAAUGUAAAGGGGUCAAAGGAAUUGUUAGAAUAUAAAAUGUUCCUCACAAAACACAUUUUGCUAUUUGUCUUUUCACGUUGCUGUCGUGGGUUUUUGUGUCAUCCCUCUGAAUCAUCCACAUAUAAUCAAUGACAUGUAACCAACAGACCUGAAAACUUUGUAAACAGGCACUGAACAUUUUGAAGCAUGACUGAUGUGGAUUACAAGCAACCAUAUCAGAUCCAACUGAAAUGGUAACUGUCACACUAUUUACUAUAUUUUAAUUUGUUUUGUUAUCUUAAUUUAGUUUAACAGCAGGUUUAUUUCAGUCAUUGUUUUUUUCUUUUAUCUCAAAAGACACAAAAUGUUGUUCAUCAGCCUUUAACUUUACACAUUAGUCACCGUCGCGUGUUCAGUUGUGGUACAUUUUGAUCUGAUUCAGUCUCUAUCUGUGUUUACACAAUGACAUCUUGCAUUAAGAGAAAACUCCAAUCUAUGGUAACUGCCCUUGAAUAUGUGUAUUUAAAUAGUGCUGCUAGAGAAAUGAAUUUAAAUGUAACAAACUUACAAUAAAUACUAAAUAGAUUUUU